AGUGUAUCGUCGAUGACAACGACAGUUGACAGCGGUGCACAGCGGUGGGCAGCGGUGGUUGGUUGGUGCUGGUUGGUUUUCACUUUCAGUCACGGUGAUCACGGUGAGGACGUCGUUUCGGUACCUGGUUGUCGCAACGUGAAACUGUCGCGGCUCCAAAGAACGUCUUUAUUGUUGCCGUUGUCGUAUCGCCGCAGCAACAGGAAAAUUACAACCGCGCAACAAUGGCGAUGGGCAAAGGCUUUCGCGUUUACGAGAAGCUAGACUCACCCAAGCCGCAUUCGGUCAUACUCGAGCAGCGGGGUCGUAAGGAGACGCUGCUCUUCGAGUCGCAGGCGAUCGCGGUCCUUUCUGCCGAAGAACACGAGUUCCUAAAGUCGAAAUAUACCAAAUUGUUGGACGCAUACGGAUGUUUGGGUGUUUUGCAACUGAACGCGGGCGAAAACACUCUGCUGUACCUCGUCCUGGUUACCGGAGCCUUCUCUGUUGGAAAGAUCGGCGAGUCGGAGGUUUUCCGAAUAACGCAAUCGAGUUUUGUGCCUCUAUUCUAUACAAGUCAAGGAACGGAAGACCGUGUGUCCGAGGUCAGAAAGGUCCUGAACUCCGGAACGUUUUACUUCUCCUGGUCCGCUGGACAGGAGUGGCUUGACAUCACCUUAAGCGCUCAGAGAAGAUGCAAAUCGACGACUACGGAUAAUAGGUUUUUCUGGAAUCGGAUGUUACAUAUUCAUCUAUUAAGAUAUGGCGUGGACACGAGUCAAUGGUUAUUGAAAGCAAUGUGUGGCAGCAUGGAGAUUAGAACCGUUUACGUUGGACACAGACAAGCUCGAGCGGUGCUUAUGUCUAGAUUAAGUUGCGAACGUGCUGGCACUAGAUUCAAUGUUAGGGGAACCAAUGAUGACGGGCACGUGGCGAAUUUCGUGGAGACAGAACAGGUGAUCUAUAUAGACAACGAAGUGGCAUCUUAUGUUCAGACGAGGGGUUCAGUUCCUCUGUUCUGGGAGCAACCUGGUGUACAAGUCGGUUCCCACAAAGUGAAGAUUUCACGCGGCUUUGAGACCUCUGCGCCCGCCUUUGACAGGCAUUUAGAUAUGAUCAAGAAACGAUACGGUCAACAGGUCAUCGUCAAUCUCCUUGGUUCUAGUCUGAUUGGCAGCAAAGAAGGAGAAGCGAUGUUGAGCCAAUUGUUUCAAACCCAUCACAAUAUGUCGGAACACAAGGAUGUGCCACACAUCCUGUUCGAUUAUCACCAGGAAUGUCGCGGUGGAAACAUGAAGAAUCUGUCAAAAUUGAAAGCAAAAGUCGAAAAGUACCUUGAGUCAUUCUCGCUGUUUUACGCGGUUGGUAAUACCGUGAUUCUCGAACAGACCGGUACCAUCAGAACAAACUGCCUAGACUGUUUGGAUAGAACAAAUUGCGUGCAAACGUUCUUCGCGCUCGAGAUGCUGGCCAAACAGAUGGGUUUGUUAAAACUGAUGGAGAAGCAACAGAUGGUCUCAAGAUUCGAGGAGGUAUUUCGUCAAAUGUGGAUCAACAAUGGUAACGAAGUCAGCAAGAUAUAUGCGGGCACCGGUGCUAUCCAAGGCAGUUCUAAGCUGAUGGACGGCGCCAGAUCGGCAGCUAGAACGAUACAGAAUAAUUUACUGGACUCCAAUAAGCAGGAGGCGAUCGAUAUCCUAUUGUUAGGUUCAACGUUAAAUACAGAACUGGCCGACAGAGCACGUUUAUUGUUACCAUGCAACAUGUUACACGCCGCUCCAAAUCUCUUACGGGAGGUGUGCAAGCGCUAUAACGAGUAUACAGAUACAAUGAAUCUCAGGGUGAGCAUCGGUACUUACAAUGUUAAUGGAGGCAAGCAUUUUCGAAGCGUAGUUUAUAAAGAUGUGUCCCUGGCCGACUGGUUAUUUGACGGACCAGGCAAAUCUUCGUCCUUGGUAUCUCUACAGCAGCGUGACAAUGUUCCUGUAGAUAUAUUCGCGAUAGGAUUCGAGGAGAUCGUUGACUUGAACGCCAGUAACAUUAUGGCCGCCAGCUCGGACAAUGCCAAGGCUUGGGCCGAGGAGCUGCAGAAGAUACUGUGCAAAGACACAGAAUAUGUUCUCGUGACAUAUCAGCAGCUGGUCGGUGUCUGUUUGUACCUGUUCAUACGACCCGUGCAUGCGCCGUAUCUGCGAGACGUGGCAGUAGAUUGUGUGAAAACGGGAUUGGAGGCGCCACAGGGAGGCGCCACCGGGAACAAAGGCGCCGCAGCGAUCAGAUGCGUACUGUACUCCACGUCCUUUUGCUUCGUGUGUGCGCACUUCGCCGCCGGUCAGUCCCAGGUGAACGAACGUAACGCCGACUAUGCCGAGAUCACAAGGAAGAUAACGUUUCCCAUGGGUAGAACCUUGAAUACUCACGAUUAUGUAUUUUGGUGCGGUGAUUUCAACUAUAGAGUCGAAAUGGACAAAGACGAAAUGAAAGAAUUGAUCAAGCAAAACGAAUUUGACCAAAUACUGCAAUAUGAUCAAUUAAAGGUUCAACAACAACAAGGCAACGUUUUUAAGAACUUCCAGGAGGGACCCAUUACUUUCGCUCCUACGUAUAAAUAUGAUCUGUUCUCGGAUGAUUACGACACCAGCGAAAAGUGUCGAACACCCGCAUGGACAGAUAGAAUUCUGUGGAAGCGCAGAAAGCAAAUACCUGAUAUUGAUUCACCUACGGAUUGGAAUCCAGGAAAGCUGGUUUAUUACGGCAGGGCGGAAUUGAAGCAAAGCGAUCAUCGGCCAGUAAUCGCAACGAUCGAUAUAGAUGUGCACUGUGUCGAUCCCGAGAAGCGCGAGCGCGUGUUCAAGGAAGUGAUACAAGAUUUGGGUCCACCCGAUGGCACGAUAAUAGUCAAACCGGUGGAGGAUGUCGAAGAUAUGGACAGCGUGUUCGAUAAUAAUCUCAUGUUCGCGCUGAUACAAGACCUAUCUCACAUUGGCGAGGCGAUUCUAGUACGUUACGUUGGCGAGACGAUCUGGGUGACAUUUAGGGAUGGCCAGUGCGCUCUAGCCGCGGCAAAGAAAGGCAUGACGCAGGUAUGCGGUCAGACAUUAAAAUUGUCCCUAAAAUCGCCCGAUUGGGUGGAGCAGAUUGAGAAGGAGAUCGAGAUCUGCAGUAACACCACGGUCGCUCAGUUUACGGCGAAUUCGCCAUUGAGAAGCCCUAUGCAACGAUUGGAACAGUUAGAAAUCGCCGAGCGGCUGUCCCCCAGUAGGAGCAGUCCGAACGGCAUAAUGCCACCUCCAAGACCGGCGCCACCGGGCCGACCUUCUCAGCCACCGAAGAGUCCCGCUCAUGAGCGGAAGCAGUUACCGCGAGCGGGUGUCUUCAGCGUUAUUCCCAACCAGUUUUCGCAUCCGGUAACGCCUUCGGUUGCGGAUCCAGUGGAGGAUGAUCGACAAGACGAAAGACUAUCGCCAGACUCGGCCAUCUACGAGGAGAUACCUGAUGGCUCGCCCAGCUAUCCCGUACCAAAUCGACCACCGCCACCGUUACCACGUAUGGACGGUCCUCAGGAACCAGUAAAUAGACCACCACCCAGCUCAGUACCUCCUCCAUUGCCGCAUAGACAAGCCCCGCCGCCUCCGCAGCAUCCACCGCCGAGUCUGCCCCCGUCGAACGCUCCGCCACCCGUUCCAGCGAGAACCACUGGUGGGCCGCCAAUUCCGGCUAGAAAUCCUCAGUAAAACAGGGACGCAAAAUAAAUAAGACGCAUAAAUGGGACGUGUAUCCUAGGCCAGACUUCCGGUAUGUUUAGCAUUAUAAUCUAGUACGUGUGAUUAUUUAUGAGAUUUAAACGACAAGACGACAGUAGUCGGCGAGUCGUCACUUCCAAACAGAGUUCCAGGUUUACGUACUGUAGUUAGGAAUCCUGAAUUCUUUUCUGUGAUUACUCUGAAAGUGAUUGGUGGUCAUCACGAAUCGGAAGUAAUUACAAAUUAUUUUCGAUCUCCGAUCGCGAACGUAAUUAAUUGUAGAUUUGUACUGUAGGUCGUUCUUGAAUUUGUACGAACUUAGCUGACAAAAUAUGUUUUUUGUAACAAACUUAUAGAACCGUUUGUAUUUUGUAUGGAGAAGAAAUGUAAAGAAUUUGUCAGUUAUCCAGAUAAUUAUAAUUAAAUAUUUAUAAAGUAUAUAAUUAAUCAAAAUAUAGAAUUUAAUUAUAAAAAUGAGCUUUGUUCUAGAAGUUCUGUUAGUCAUAAUCGGCGAUUUUUCUAAAAUUAAAUUUUGUAUUUCGGCUAAUUAUGUACUUUAUAAAUAUGUAAUUAUAAUUAUCCGUGUGACUCACCAUCUUUUUUAAUUACACUUCAAAACUCUUCAUAUAAAAUACGAUUCUAUACAAAAAAUAUUUAAUUUAUCUAUGUUGGCUAACACAUCCAGAUAGCACAGUGAAUUCAUAAAAUAUUCAAGUUUUCUUCUUCUCUGAAUUGUAGUUCUUUAGAAAUUUAUAGAACACAAUAAGAAUACUGUAAAAAUAAGGAAAAAUUAUUAAAGAAGUUAAUAACGUGUUGUUUUUUAAUCGAUUUUUAGGUUUUUUGUUGUUUUUUUUUGUUUUUAGGAAAAUGAGUGAAUAUUUUAAAAAAUUUCGUUUGGCUCUUUAUUUAUUACACUUUAUAAAUCAAAUUUAUUAUUUUUUAAAAUAAAAAUAUAUUAAUAAUAAUGGAGUAAUGCUAUGUCGAAUUCACCACUGCAUUGUUUGCACGAUUUGUUGGUGUCCAUUAUUACGAAUCUCUCAGUAGAUUAUAGUUAAAAAUAAUCAAACGUUAUUUUAAUCAAUUCACUUGCGGCUAUCGUCAGCGCUAGAAUUAUUAAUUUCAUUGAAUAAAUAAGUAAAUCGUACUUGUUUAAAAAAUAAAUCCAUUUUUCUUUUUUUUUAUCAAAUUUUUUCGAAUAUUUUUGAAAAAAACAAUAAAUAAAGUUAUCAACAUAAUUUUUGCACAAAAGUUAAAUGGAUGCUUACUUUAUAAAGCCAUAAAAUUGGAAAAAAAUCAUUUCAGUGAUUUUCUUUUAAUUAUAGAUAUCAAUUUCAAAAAAACAUGUUUCGAAAAAAAUGGAUGCUAGCGAUGUUCAAGGGGAAAAAGUGACCCUUUUCACAAAAAUAGUGACAAAAGGGACGAUAAAUAAAAUACAUGGUAGUAUCGUUUAAUUAGUAUUACUUUGAUCGAAUUCAGUACACAAACAAAAUUAAAAACAAUUUAAACACGUAUUUAUUUCUACGAGAAGAAAAAUCUUUAUAUAUGACUUAUUUUUUGGUAUCAUAUUUAGUACAAAAGAAAUUUUUGCUUAAAAUAUCUUAAGAAUACAAUCUAAUAGGUAUUUUAUGAACUAGACACGAAAGUCUAGUACACAUUCUAGAAUACAGUUCUUUGGUAUCAUAUUUUAUCUCAAAAAACAAUAAAAUUUGAUGAAUCAUAUUUUGACAAAAUAAAAUAAUUAUAAUAAGUUGUUUCGUGAUGAGAACUCGAUUAAGCUUGUUAUUAUAUUUUUUCAAACCAUCCUUAAAUAAUCAUUCUGGCGUUGAGUGUCUUUAUUGACAUUAAUCAUUGAAUUAGCUUUUACUUCUGUUAAUUGGUUACCAGAAUCACUAAAACGCCUCUUUACAUCAGUACCAUGUACGAGAUUCAAACUAGCUUUCACAAUUUUUGUUACUAAUGGAAAUUUCGGUUUUCCCAUCAAGUUUUUUUAUACCAAACAUUUUUUCCCAGUAAUGAUCUAUUCGCUCGUGUUCAGCAAUUGAUUUUUACGAUAUUAGAACUAGUUUCUAGUUUCUUCAACUUACGAGGUUGAAGAAACCAAAAACGUUUAGCUGUCUCAAAUUUUAAAAUAGAUUUUGACAAUAGAUUCAGCAGCUGCUUUGUAAUGCUGUUAAAUAUUAUCGAGAUUUCAGCUUAUGAAUAGUAGAAAAAGAAGGAAAAGUGAUCAAAUUUGAAAAAAGGGACUAAAAGUGGAAAAAAGGACUCGCUAGCAUCCCUGAAAAUCGCUUUUAAAGUUUGCAUUGAAGUUGCAUUUAGAAUUCCUGAGAGUAUUCAUAUAAAGCUUCCUCUAUACAUAUAAACAGAUGUAUACUUUAUGAAUUCAAAAUGAAUUGUGCUUAGAAUAGAUAGAGAAUUACAAAAUAUCCAGAAAACAUCAACUAACAGUAACAUUGUACCAAUAUUAUAAUUUCUCAUUCAACAGUGUAAGUGCAUUAUAAUAUAUUUUGUAUAUAACAACCUGUUGAAUGGCAAAUUAUAAUAUUAAUAUACUUCGAUUCGAGUUAUCAAUUCCAUCAAAAGUAAAUAAUGAGAAAGAGGGGUUCGCGCAACUCCCUCAGAUAGAGCUUCAGCACUCCGAUGACGCUGUUGAUAUCCGAGAUGUCGGUGAUAUCUUUGCCAUGCACGAAUCGCGGAAGUUAUUGAUUUCCAUCUGCGAGCCCGACACGCGGAAGACGCGCAGACAUCGAUAUCUAUUGUUAAGAAUAAAAAGCAUGUAUAGAAUAACCCUAGGAUUGUUUAAAAAAAACCAUUCUUUCAGUCGGCUAAGUUCGUAUGAAUCAUUCUUGAGCUUAUCGAAUACCGUAUUUUGCGUUUCCAUGUUGGUGGUAAUAUAAUCCUGUUGGACUAUUCUCGCGACAACGCGAGAAAUCAUUGUUUUCGCUCCGAAUGUUUAAAAUGGCGCAAAUGGCUAUUGUUUCGAAGAUCCAAUCGAUUUAUAAUUGUUGACGUGUGACACAGAUUUAAAAUGUAUAUUCAAAGCCCGUUGAAAUUGUAAAAUUGGAUAUAUCAUGAACACGUUAAUGUAAUAAUCAGAGUUUAAACGGUGAAAUACUUGCGGUAAUAAUAUUAUAGUUGUCACUGCUUAUAUUGUAUAUUAAUACUUUAAGAUGUAAUCUCUCAAUGUUAAAGUCACUUUUAAGGUUUAGAAGUCUUCACGGUAUCUUAGUAGCGUAAAACUACCAAAAAAAUAAUACAAUUGCGCUAAGACUCCGAGGAGCGAACUUAAUUUUACAACCAAUCGUGGGUAGCAUGGCGCGACAGAAGGGAAACGGUAGACUCAAACAUAACAGUAUUUUCAUAGAUGCAAGGUAAGAUAUUUCUUAUAAUUGUCCACCUGAAUUUCCCCUUUCUCGCACACGGUGCUGAAGGCGGCUAAUUCAAUUAAUUUAAGAUCAUUUUAUGUGUAAUUAUGUUUCGUUUACUCGUCUGUUUUCUAAUUUUAAAGUUCCUAUAUUUUGCAUUCCAUCAAAAUUCCUAAAACGUCCGUCCCAAUGGGUCCAACGCCCAUCUAUGGCUGCGUUCCGAAAUUUACAGCGAAUACUGAAAAUUUAUAGUAUAUAUAUGUGAACUAUAGAUUUUUAGUACUGGCAUUGUGUAUCGGAACGCAACUUAUAUUUCUUUCCUAAAUCUUUAUAAUUCUCAUUUUCCAGAGGACACCACUAUGUUUUUGUAUUAUGCAUAAUACAGAUGUCCUAUGAUUUUGACUUUUUUGAGUUGUUAGUAGGGAGUGAACAACGAAUGCGAAUUAAAUGAAGGACGAAAUUAUCAUUCGUACAAAAAUCGUCGUAACAAAAAUAUGUAUGAUAUAAAAAUCAAAAUCAUGUUAGUUUAUGGGUAUUUUCCAGCAAAUUAUAAAUGACGAUGUGGUUCUGAGUUCAAUACAAUGUGUUUCAACUGUAAUAUAAUAUUGCACUACAUUGCUCGGCAUUGUAAAAAUCUAAGUACAAACGUAUAAAAUAUCUCACAAGGAAAUUUUGCGAAGUUUUAAGUUCUGAUUUUAAUGAAACUUUGUAUAUACAUAUAUAAAUUACGUAAAUAAAUGAUUAUUAUGAUUUAUAUUUAACAUUUUGUAUUUAUUUUUUUUUUUAUUUUAACUUUAUUAUACAUAGUUUACUUCUUUGAAAUUUGCAAAAUGUAAGGAAGAUAUUCCAGCUGCAGUAUGUUCUUAUCAGCCUGAUGUUUGCAAGUCUGUUGCUCUUAAUCAGCCCGAUAUAUGUAUACCCUAUAUUAUUUUAAAUUACCUCCAUUUAUGUUAAUAUUUUUAAAAAUCAAUUUUUUUAAUAAGAUAAUUUUAUUGUAAAAUUUUUGUAUAAAACGUUUUUAAUAUCUUAGUUUUUGAGACUUAUAAUGAAAAAAAAAAAAAAAACUGAAAAUCGUUUUACACAUGAGGAAUGAUUUCAUCCCUUAAAACUUUUUUAAUAAUGAUUGAUAUUUUCUAUCCAUCUGUUUAACUUAUAUGUAUACAAAUUUUCAUUAAAAUCACAAUUUAACAUUUUGCGAGGCUUCCUUGUCAGUGUUGUCAACAUUUCAAGAAAUAUCAACAUUUAAAAAAUACUUGUUAUACUAAUUGUAUAUUGUUACAUCGUAGUUUUUAUUAUAUUAUCAAUACAAAUAACAAUAAAAUAAAAAUCUAUAAACUAUUUUCAAAAACUCUAUUCUGUAACUCUUAACAAAGGUGUCAAUAUUAAUGUUAUAUAUCAUGUGUUUUAAAUAUUUAUAAUACAAUAUAGCAAAAAAGUUAAUGUAUUAUAAAUCAAUACAAUUUCUAAAAAAUGCUAUAGGUUUUUAUAUUUUCCUCUCCUAAACAUUUUAUCCUCCUAAAAAAUUCCCUGUUGAUAAUAAAACACAUGGAUAAUAAUAAAUAAUAAAAAAAUAUUUAUUAUAAAAUAAUUAAUAUAAUUUGGAAAAAUAUGCCUUAACUUGGUAACUCUGGUCGGUAUUGUUAUAUUGACAUGUCGCAAAUAUUUUGUAUAAAAAACUGCGUAAUGACAAUAUAAUGAUACCGACACAGUUAUUAAUAGUUACAGAAUAGGGUUCUAAAUCCAGAGUUUCAAUGUACAAGUAGUAUCAUACAUGACGCAACAAGCAUUGUUUUUGCUGGAAAAUAUUUAUUAUAAAUUGUACAUACUCCUGUUUCCUGUUCAAUCUGUCCUUAAUUUUCAUUACUAUCAACUCAUUUAUAUGAAGGUGGCUCUAAUCAUGGGAAAGUGGACGUAUAUAUACGUGUAAAUUAGUAUAUAAAGAUGAUAUAGAUAUUGUAAAAGAAAAUUGUUUCCGAUGUACACUUAUAUGUACAAUACAGGCUUCGUCCUGCACUGGCAAUACGCACUUCUUCACGCUUACUUACGUAGUUGAAGCGUUUUAUCAAUUAGAUUGAGCCUCACCUGUACAAGAUGUAAAACAUUGAAUAUGUACAUAUGCAUUUGAAUGGUCUAAUAAAGAAAUAUAAGUCGGGAACGAAGAAAA